GAGUAAUAAGAGGCAGUUCUCCUCGACAUUUUAUAUCUGCACCAAAUUAAUGAAUCUACAAGUUGAUUGUUAAAUGUUGUGAUCCUCAACCUCUCUUUCAGCCUUGCCUUAAUUUUGUUCUAUCAGUGGUUGCAUGCAUUGUAUACUUUAGGGCCAGAGCUAAAAAUUUCCCAAAUUCAUCCAAAGUUUUUCUCGUUAUAAUAAAAUACUUGGCUAAAAUGAAUUUUAAAACAUUUUAUCAUCCCCUAAUUUUUAUCUCCAUUUUCAUCUUGGCAGCUCCAAAUGCUAGUGGAAUUUCCUUCGAACAAGAUGUGAGUCUGACCACUCAACAAAAGAAGCUUUUAGAUCAGCUAAAGGAGAGAGUUAUUGAUCAGCUUCCAAACGAAUAUAUGAAAAAGGAAAUCAAUCUCAUAAAGUGGCUUCGAAGUAGCAAAUUCGAUGUAGAUGUGGCAGAAUCUCGAAUGCUUCGGGACGUCCAAUGGAGAAAAGAUCGUAAAAUGGACACGAUCCACACAGAAGACUGGUCUGAUAUAGAGGGACAAGACUACCGAUAUUUCUUAGACGGAAGAGAUAAAUUAGGAAGAUCUUUUUUGUACUUUGAGGUAAAAAAUUUGGACAAUAGGAAAUUAAUACUACAAGGAAAAGGAGAACGAUUGCUUCGUUAUGUGGAAAAAGGUUAUGAUGCUGGAUGUAGCUUGAUUCGCGAGCUUGGCGAGAAAUAUGGGAACAUGACCCGAGGUCAUUUACUGGUCAACUUGGAUGGGUACAACCCAAUCCAACACGCGUGCCUUCGAUGUCUCCCUUUUCUCAUUAGGAUGAUGUUCGGUUACCUGGAGCACUAUCCGGAGUGUGUCGAUCACAUCAUUUGUGUGAAUUCUCCAUCAGCUAUUAAAACUUUAGUGGAUAUAGCACGCCCUUGGAUUGACGAUGACCUGGCGAACAGUGUUUUCAUUUAUGGGACAAACAAGCAGAAAUGGAUGGCCGAAUUAUCCAAGGAUUUCGAUUUUGACCAACUUCCGCCUGCUCUCGGAGGUACAAAGAUUUACAAGGGGAUGGAAGAGCACGAGUAGAAACUUGCGAAAUAGCAGCACUGAGAAUUAGAAAUACAUGCAGUAAUUAGACAAGAGAUCACUGCAUAGUACUUCAUGUGGAUGAUAAACUAGUGAUUAAAUGCGGUGAGGGUACCAAUAAUCUUGACCCGCAUAGUAUUUAUAAUUUUAUUUCUAAUUAGUUGUCAACAAUGAUCUACAAUAGUAGAGUGCUUGAAUUGAAGUAUAUAUCCGAUUCUUGCUCAAAUUUACUGUUUUGCAGAAGCCAUGUAAAAUUCAUGCUAAAACGAAGCAAUUUUCCUAACUUUGAUUAAAAAGUCAAGCCAUAAACUAAGUAUGUAACAAUUCUUAUGUAAAAUUCAAAACCUUUAAACAAUGAAUUUGAUUCUUAAUUAAUUAAAAUUUGAAUACAUACACGUAUGCAUUAAUUUCAAAAGGUUAUACAAUUUAAUGACAUAUGAAAUCUGAUAAACAAUUUUGCUUGAGCUCAGGAUUUACGUUAACUAAUGUGCAAUUAUAUAAUCUAAAUUUAUAUUUGGUACAUUCAUUUAUUUGAUAUUAUAGAUAUAGGUAUGUACAAGGUUUAUAUGUGGAGUCCUGGAUUUUACUCGGUCACUAAUUUGACUCAGAUUUCCCUAAUUGUUGAUGCCUCUACAUAAUUCAUAAUGUGAAGUGUGAAAUCAAUAAAAAGUUAAAUAAUAACAGUAAA